GCACAUACUCAGAGGAAAGAAGAAGGUUAUGUUCAGAAAUGGAAGGUUGGUGUAGUUUUAGCAAUUAAAAUUUUACAGGCUUGACGCUACUUUUGCCUCGUGACUUGCAGACAGACCUAGCCGAGAGAUAGCAGGGCUACGUGGCUAGUACUGCCAUCCCAAAAAAAUGUUGUACUCAUUCUGACCGUCUGGUGACACCAUGAAGCACGGUGGAAGCGAUUUGCAGCAUGCCACGAUCGAUGCCCUCUCACGACUCAGGCCGCAAGCAGAAGCAGCAUGGGGAGCCAUACAGCAGUCUUUAGAUCCACUCAUCAGGCUUGUUUCACCGCAUAUCGAGUCUGGGACGACCUGGAUCGAUGCACACUUGGGUGGGCUCUUGCCUUGGCAGAUCGCUGCAGUUACGACCGUCACAGUGCUGCUGCUAGCAUGGCUGUCCCAGCUCGUGCUGACAGCCAUAGCCGAACUGAAAGAAGCUGGUGUCCUUCAAAGCUUGUUUGAGGUCAUCAAGAGCCUGCCAGGCAUCAGGGGCAUCGUCCAACGCGAGAAUGCAAAGAUGCUGGUCAAGAUCAGGGCGUCCAUCAAUAAGGGCAAUGGAGUGAGCCAGGAGCAGUACCUGGAGCUACCCAAGAAUGGCAUGGCUGCUGAUGAGGUCAAGGCACGCCUGCAGAGCAGGGGCAAGAGGGACGUGGCAUUUGAGGAGGGGUACAGCAGGGUGUCUGGAACGCUGUACUUGAUGGGGGAGGAGCACUGCCGCAUGCUGAACGACGUGUAUGCCUCGUUCUCGCACACCAACCCCAUGCACGCGGACGUGUUCCCCUCUGUGCGCCAGAUGGAGCUGGAGGUUGUCGCCAUGACUGCCGCCAUGCUGGGCGGCGGCCCUUCUGGGGACCCCGACGUGUGCGGUGCGAUGACCAGCGGCGGAACAGAGUCCAUUCUGACGGCAGUGAAGGCUUCGCGCGAUUACAUGCGUGCACGGAAGGGCAUCCGCCGGCCGGAGAUGAUUGUGGGCCAGUCCGCGCACGCCGCCUUCUUCAAGGCUGCCGAGUACUUCAACGUCAAGCUGGUCAAGGUGCCGGUGGGGAAUGACUACAGGGUAUCGGCUGCUGCAGUGGCGCGCGCGAUGACUCGUAACACAGUGCUGGUGGUGGCUUCCUCACCCUGCUUCCCCCACGGCGUCAUCGACGACGUGUCCGGCAUCGCUGCGCUGGCGAGGAAGCGCGGCGUGUGCUGCCAUGUGGAUGCGUGCCUAGGUGGCUUUGUUCUUCCCUUCGCGCGCGCGGCCGGCUACCCAGUGCCGCCGUUCGACUUUUCCGUGCCGGGCGUGACCAGCAUGAGCGUGGACACGCACAAGUUCGGCAUGGCCCACAAGGGGACGAGCGUGGUGCUGUACCGCAGCAAAGACAUCCGGCGACACCAGUACACUCGUGUGACUGAGUGGAGCGGCGGCCUCUACAUCUCCCCAGGCUUUGCAGGCAGCAGGUCAGGCGCCCUGAUCAGCACAGCGUGGGCAAGCAUGAUGCACCAGGGGCUGCAGGGCUAUGUCAAGCUCACUGACCAGAUGAUGAAGGCGGCGAGGCACUUUGCAGAGGGGGUCAAGGCCAUAGAGGGGCUGGAGCUUGCAGGGGAUCCGGCCAUGACAGUGGUGGCAUUCAAGGCCACAAACGCGCGCAAGCUCAACAUCUACGCGGUCAACGAUGCGCUGUCAGCCCGCGGCUGGCACCUGAAUGCGCUGCAGCUGCCUCCCGCUCUCCACAUGUGCUUCACUGCGCAGCACGCCAGCAUCGUCGAGCCCCUGCUCAAGGAUUUGAGGGAGUGCGUGGAGGACUUGCAGAGUGGCGGGGAGCAUGUGAAGGACGGCAUGGCCCCAGUGUAUGGGCUGGCAUCUGUCUCCCCGGAUCGCAACAUUAUUGGCGAGUUCCUAGUUGCAUACCAGGAUGUGCUCCUCUCUGGAUAG